AUGGUCGUCGAUGGGAACCUUGUUUGCAAAGGAACGACAUGUUUCAGAGGUUCUUUUAUGAUUGUGGCGGCAGUCUUGGUUUUAGGAGCUCUAGCAUCCUAUGUUUUGGCCAGGCGAACAGCAAAGUUUUACAAAGGUGACGUGUAUAAGAAGUUUAAGGAUGGAAAAUAUAAGAGCUUUAAAGUGCAGGCAAAAGCCACAGAGACAGAGAGGGCUUCGCCAUCGGAUCAGUGA